AUGGCUAGACUUUCAGUAACUGUUACCCCUGUGGCCAGCCCCGACCAAGCACCUAAAAUCACCGAAGAAGUUGUAUCUCUCUACCCAGAGAGAAACAUCUUCUUGCAAGACAAGGCUCCUCUUCCAUCAUUCGUGAAGAAGGCCUUGACCAAACUCAGGUGGACGUUGUUUGCCACAGAAAUUGAGACAGACAUUCCAUGUCCUGAAGGUUACAACGUCAGACGUGACGUUGAUGAAAUUGAGGAUGAAGAGGGCCUUGAGGCCCCAAAGAAGAAAACCACGAAGGCCACCAUUUCAAAAUCAACAACCACUUCUUCCUACACCCAGGCAAGAAAAACCGUUCCCCCUCCCACCAAGGUAAAGAAGGAAGCCCAUGUUGCUACUGAGAGCAAACAGGGCAAAAAGAAAUCUCCUGUCAAAGUUCUCCCUAGAAAGGGGGUGUGUUCCAGUCAGAGGCUGAAGAGAUCCUCCAGUAGCACCAAAAGGCCAGAGGGAGCAUCCUCUGAGAAGCCCAUCACUCUCUCUGACAAGGAGGAGGAUAGUGAAGACAAUGAGCCUAUUGCAAAAAGGCUAAAAACAGAAGUAACGUCAAAACCUACAUCAACUGCUAAGGAAACGUCCCCAAGUAGCUCUGCUACUUCUGAUUCCUCUGACGUUUCGUCCCCUCCACCAUCACCUGCUCACUCUUCACUACCACCAAGAACACAACAACCCUCUCCUAGGCAACAACAAGGAGAGGGAAUUAAAGAAACGGAUACAGCCCCUGCUGCAGAAGAACAGGUGGCUGAGCAAGAGGCUCAGCCUAAAAAAAAACUUGACAAAGGAAAGGAGAUUCUUGUUGAAUCCCCUAAAAAGAAAAAGCCAACUGUUCCCAGGCAAAUCUGUCUGGGAGGACCCCUCUCUUGCCCCAUUAUCCGUCCCGAUACUUCUGGGGACGAGGCCAUUGCUAGGGCUCUAGCAGAAGAUGAGGGCUUGGAAGUUUCUCUACUGAUGGAGGAACAAAAUACAACAGCCCCCUCUUCCUCAAAAAUAAAGAAGGUUGCAAUUAGGCAAACACCUGAAGAAUCUCCAGCUUUUGGCAGCAACAACAACCAGAAGAAGAAGAAGAAACCAGCCUCCCUCAUUCCAGCAAUCCCCAUUGCAUCAAGGAGAAAAUCUCAGAUUGGGAUUGCUGAGAUUUUUGAAAUGAUGGGGAAGAAAAUGGAGAAACUGCUACCUAAAGCACCAUCUGUUCCUCAGCUAGACAUGGCCAUCACUACUGAAGAGUUAAAGGCUCUAAGGAACAGAUUGGAUCAACUUUCAUCGUCCUUCAUCAAAUUCCAGGAGCAACAUAAGGAAGACAUGGAGCAGCUCCUCAACACCGUCCAGGCCAGCAUCAAAAACAUCAGUGCUGCACCUUCUGCACCUACCCUUCCAGCUGUCAGGAAUGAAAUCAGAAAUGCUGCUGAUUCCCUGAAGUUUGCUCAUUCCAUGCAUAACACCAGAGCUGAGAAACAACUUAGAAGACUUUACCUCCAAAACACUGAAGUGCGAACAGAAACCACAGAAGCUCUCAAGGCUUUUGGUACAUAUUUGGAGGGGAGAAUCACUUAG